AUGAAGAAAACGGAGAAAUCGGGAGGGGGGAAUUACUGUCUGGACGCCUCCCCGCCCCCACCGUCCUUCAGCCAGCGGCGGCUCCUUGGGGGGAAAUUUCACGGAAACGAAAUCCGUGAAAUUUCCCCGGGUGGUCGCGGCCCGGCUGGGGCCAUUCCGGGGGUCCCCGGGGAGGGGAAGGGGGCCCCUCGGUGCGGGCACAACGGCUCGGGCCCCCCGGGGGCCCCGGGGACCAUGAGCAGCGCCAGCCCCUCGGCGGCCCCCCGGGGCCCGGGCCCCGGGAAGCCGCUCACCCCCUUCGGCAUCGCCGACAUCCUGGGCCGGACCCCCGGGACCCCCGGGGCCCCCGGGCCCCCCGGCCCCCCCCCGCCCGGCCCGGCCUCGCCCCUGGGCGCCCUGGAGGAGUUGGCCACCAAGACCUUCCGAGGGAUCGAGGGCAGAGCGCUGCACGACGACCCAGGCCGGGCCCCGCCGGCCGGGCCGGGCGCCCGCCCGGCGUCGAAGAGGCGGCGGAAGACGCGCACGGCCUUCACGGCGCAGCAGGUGCUGGAACUGGAGCGGCGCUUCGUCUUCCAGAAGUACCUGGCGCCGGCGGAGAGGGAGCGGCUGGCCGCCCGGCUGGGCCUGGCCCACGCCCAGGUCAUCACCUGGUUCCAGAACCGGCGGGCCAAGCUCAAGCGCGACCUGGACGAGGCCAGGGCCGACGUGGCCGCCCUGGGCCGCCUCGGCCCCUCCGGCCCCCGGGGGACCCCCGACCUGUCGGACGAGGAGAUCCGGGUGGACGACUGAAGGCCUCCUCGC